AUGAUUGACAAAGAGUAUUUUGUAAACUAUAACAACAGCAGCAACGAGAGCUCUUUUGUUGUGUCUUCACCAAGCUGCUUUUUUCUCGAUCCACUAAACGAGUACGAACCAGGAGGACUUCUUUACGUUGAAAGUGUUAUAACAACAGUAAUAAAUUUGGUCGGCGCUAUCAUCGCCGUUUGGGGCAAUGGUAUCAUCCUCUUGACUUUCUGGAAAUCGAGUCAACUACGAUCACAAUCCCAUCUGUUUCUAUGGUGCCUUGCGUUUGCAGAUUUUCUCACCGGGCUGAUAGCACAGCCCUUUUAUGGGGCUUACAAGAUAGCUUUACUGUCCGGGCAUGCCUCCUCCUCUUGUGUGUAUAGAGUGAUUCUUGAAACGGUUGCGUGGUUUUCAGCGGCACUAUCAUGUGCGUUAGUUUCAUCUAUCGUAGGUGACCGGUACCUGGCAUUGCAUUUUCACCUUAGAUACCAUGUCGUGGUUACGACAAAAAAGGUCGCCUUUCAUAUUAUGUAUUUAGUAAUCACAAUGGCGAUAUUAAGCCUAUCUAGAUUCGCCACAACUACUGUCACACCAUUUCUCUAUGUGAACAUUCUUGGAUUAUUAAAUGGCUUUUUUAUGUUGUUAAUCUGUUACUGGAAAAUCUUCAAACAAGUUCUUCGGCAUUUUCGGAAAAUACAAGACCAAGCUUUUACAGAGAGUCAGACUAUAGAUAUGCAAAGAUUCAAGAAAUCUGUGAUAAAUAUGGCAUACGUAGCCUUUUUGUACAUGAUUUCUUACAUGCCUUUUACAUGCGUUCUUUUCGUCUAUUUAUCUUGCGGUUUCACCAGAAAUGUCGAGGUUGCUUUUGAUAUAACUCGUACCAUGGCCUUCAUGAAUUCAUCUUGGAAUCCUUUUAUUUACUUCUGGAGAGUGGAAGAGUUGAGAGAGGCUGUCAGGAAAACUUUGAGGUGGGCACAUUGACUGAACAAACCGAGAAUGUGAAUAUUCCAUUGAAAGGAAACAUGAUUACACAUGUACACACGGGCUAAAUAUUUUAACCUGGUGCUUUGAUUGAUAAACAUUUUAUUUAAUAAAGCAUUUUUUAGCAGGAAAAAUGUAAACUCAAAAAGAAAUUCGCUUUUAACAUGGUGUCAUAUUUUUGUCAUUACUACUGCGGGGCAUUUGAAAGUAAUGUCUAAUAACCAUAUAAAACGACUCAGCGGAAGUCUUCGUUCGGAUCGACUGGACGAUUGCAUAAUAAAAGUGAAUCGAAAUAUUUACAAUUUUUACCUCAUAACGAUAUGAUUAUCAAUAUCUGAUCAAACUAUGAAAUAGUCCUUACGGAAAUUAAAACAUCAUAGUGAAAUACGCGGCUAUCUCUAAACAUUUUAACAAAAUAUACCACAUACCGACAUACCUUGCAGAAUCUUGUUUUAAUCUCAAAUUUUUUCGAAGUACUCGUGGCUCUUUCUGAGUUUUUGCACCCUGGAACUGUAUAGUUUUCGAUAACAAAGUUAACGGCUGGUUAAAAUUUUUAAUUUAACUUGCAUAUGCCAAAACGCUGCGCCUUGCGUGAGGUAAACCAGUUCUAUGCUAACCAAACCAAAAUAUCAACAAUGGCCUCACAAUGAAUUCGCCUAUAGAGCUUCAGUCGCUUGAAAAACAAAUUGAUAUUUCUUAACCCCGAGCAAGUCUCUCAACGAUAAUCUCGCUUUGCGUAGUUAGCGCAAAAAAAAUUCAAUUUGUACCUUUAUUUUUAUUUAGUAUGCACUGGAGGGGCUCUUUUGAAAAUGCUAGAACACCUGCACCACUUAUUAAAAAAAUGGAUGUUCGGAGAAUGGGUACAAGCUGUCGGUGUAAAGGCUUCUGGGGCCAUUUUUGUUGAUGGUAUCCAACAUAUUAAUCUAACUCGCCCGACCCAAAAGAAAUCUUUGGGCCAAAAGCUUGUAGACUAUUCGCCACUCCAUAUUUUUAAAGGGAGAAUAAACUCCUUAUACAAUUUCAGGAGCCCUGACAAUGUACAUAAAUCCAAGCAAUUCAAUAUGGCGUAUAUAUUUAGACAAGCAUGACUCGAAGUUACACCUAAAGACAAUCCCUUUACUUAUUUAUUUGUUUAUUUAUUUGAUUUUUGUAACUCACAUAACAAAACAAUAAAACGUUACAAAAAAGGUUAAUCAAAAUAUAUUAAGUUCAUUAAAUGAGACAUGGAAGCCUAAGGAAGCUGGGAACUUAUAUUAAUAGGCUUCCUUAAGCGAGAUUACUAAUGACUUACUUGAGUGAGAGUGUACAGAAAACAUAAAACUUAAGCGAUAGAAUUUUCCUUGUGGAAUCCGGAAUGCGGGAAAAUUUGGCUUAUGGAAUCCGGAAUCCCACUAACGAUUGGAAUCCAGAAUCCAAGUUCUAUUGACAAAGACUAUGCAAUCCGGGAACCUGGAAUCCGCACUCCACAGCUUGGAAUCCAGAAUCCAAGACUCUCCUGAAUUACGUUACAUGGGGCGAUAAAUAACCUGUACGUUAGUAUUUACGUCUGUACAUAUUAUAUACAACCUUGUGUAAUCAGUUGUAUCAUGUAUCAUGAUUCAUCAUAACCCUGCGUAGCAUAUCGAAACUGAUUUUAUACAGUAAUGUAAUAUCAGGACUCAAAGUUAACGACUAACUGGUCGCAUAUGGGACUGGAUUUUUGGUUGUGCGCCUAAAAAAAUCUUGUGAAAUCGCACCUGUGCGCCAUAAAACCCAAAGCACAGUGCGACUGACUUGCUUCCCUGCUUCCUACCUAACCAUACUUACGUACUUGAACUAGUAAGACGUCAAACGGUAGCUUCAAGCAAUGAAAGUAAAAGUAAUGUAUCAAUAACACAACCAGGCACUAAAUAAUAAAGUUACAUUGUUUUCCUUUCAUCUGUGUAUGUUUAAUUCGACCUUUCUCCCAAUGGAUUCCACGAACUCGAAUGUUCAGUUUUACUCCACCCCAGACUCUUUUGUUUUGUAAUAAACGCCACUGACGCAAAUGUGCUACGAACGAAACACGUGCUUCUUGCGCAGUGGACAAUCGUGUCGAACGUUCAGUCCUAAGGUCAAGGGUGUCAAGCAUGUUAAAACAAACAGUGCCAAUUAGGAGCCUUUCUUUCUUCCAAGUGAGAAAGUUUUUAAGUCGUAUCCCGGUUACAUGUAAGUCAUUGCGCAUUUAACAAAUUUAUUAAAGAUUAAGUUUCAUUCUCGUUCGACAUACUCAUUUGUAUAAUGAUGAUUCCUUAUAAUCAGCCGGGGUCUCCGCCUUUAAACACAGAAAGUGAAUCGGCUUCAAAAAAUCCAUUAACAGUUCGCGAAAAAGAGUAUGAGCCAGUAACCAAGGAAAAAAAGGCUCUAGAUUUCAGAUGACCUGGCUGAACUAAUUUGACUGAUUAGAAUGGGACACGGAUAAAGAAUUGAUGGCCUGCAGAUACUGUUAAGCUUUCUCAAUGAAUUCGUCUUCAUCUUCAGCCAAAGGAUGCGAUAAUUUUUAACGCGAGACGCUAACUAAGCACUUGCAGACUGUGAAAAAGAGAAAUUAGUAUUAAAAAACACAACAGUAUUACUGUAUAGCAAGUCGGCUCUCUUUUAUCAGUCACAGGACUGAAAUAAAAGUAAUAAACUAAAGAUGACAUAUAAACGUGGCACUGUUAACCUUUUUACUUUUUCGUUUGAAAUAGAUGCUCCCAACAUUGUAAGCUGUGCUCCUAAAAUUUUCAGCUGUGUGCCUAAAAUUUCGGCAGUGUGCCUAAAAAUUUACAUCUGGUAGCACAAGUGCUCCCAAAGUCAAAUUUAAACUUUGAGCCCUGAAUAUCCGUGCAAAGUUAUCGGUGCGUACUUGUAGUUAUGAACCUUCAGUAGUUUGGUGGUAAGAAAUUAAACACAAGUUGCAACGGAAGUUGAAAUACUGUUGUGGCGCGCAUGUGUCUCCUCAAUACCUCCACACUAUCCCAAUUUCGUACAGCCUCGUGUGCAAGGACGGGGCACUGGUGAGAGAACUCUCCAUUCCCCCCCCCCCGCCUCCCCCCUCCACCAAUGUGGUUCAAGUCCCAGCGGCGUUGACCCCACAUGUGGGUUCUGUUUGUUGUUGGUUCUAUUACCUGAUCUGAGAGUGUCCUCUCCUGUUAAACCCACUCUUUUCUACUUCCAAUUCGAUCCAGAAUAGUAGACGAAGGAACUCUUUUUGUGGAUUAGCUUCUACUAAAGGGUUAGUACACUGUAUUUAUUUUAAAAAGGUUUGGAGUCCUUGUGAUUUCCAUGUAGAAAAUUAUUUCAACACUCACAUGUUGAAACAAAUGUUCACUGUAUACAGAUUUUUUGUAUAAAGUUUUUUUUUAUUAUUUUUCUCAAUUAUUUGUGGUAUCUGAACAUUUUCUGGACGUUGUCUCACCUGUCCAGGUGAACGACGAACAUACGUGGGAAAAAAAUACACGCCAAGAUUUCCUAUAGUCGUUACACUUUUCUUCUCCAGUACGUCGACCGGCCUAAGGGGGGAUAGCGAUUGAGACUUGAAAGACUACAAGUAGAAUAAUCGAAAUGUUAUAUGUCCAAGUAAAUCUCCAUGACCAAUAUACUCACAAUUAGCUGUUUCCUAGCGUUUCAUUUCAUAUCACUGAUUUUAUCCCAGUACUUGAUUCCCUCGCAUUUGCCCGAACGAUAGCUAACGGUGAUCAGUGAAAGAUAGUACCGUCUUGCCCCUCCCCUCCCUCCAUCCUCUCUCCCUCCAGCUGCAUACAUCGCUAUCGUACACAUUCUUGCGAUUUUUUAGCUUCACAAAAUGUUUUAAGGUUUUUAAUCCUUCAUCAAGAAGAGAGGAUAUAGGAGUGCUAUUUCUUAGCUUGACAACCUGCUAACCUCCCUUCUUAGCUCUUGUUUGCACAUAAGAAGUCUUUUAAGGGACUAUGUCAAGCUAUUUGCUAUUAUUUAAGAAACAAAUUCAAAACCAAUGGUACAGUUUUGUUAUUUAAGACCAUAUUUAGGUACUGAAACUAUUUUCUAUCGUCUGUUGUUACGGGUGGCAAGGAUGGAAAUGGAUGCGGGAUUCAGAACACUUGAAAAUGUUGGGCCAAAUUUUUCAAGUUCAGUAAUCUUAUGCUUGUAAAAGACACCAAAAAAAUUAUGGUCAGUGCUCUCUCAUAAAAUUUGUUUGAUAUCAUCUUUUUCUUUGUCCUCGAUCUAACUCUAAAAAAGAUCGUUUUUUUCAUGGUUAAAAGAACUAAACAAAUGCCUUCAGCACAGAAUUGACCCAAAACGACCUAGAACAACAAUAUCCCAGUUGAUGGGCCUUGAUCGUGAAAUAGCUCCUUUUAAAUCUACAUAGAGUCUGUGGAUUGAGACAAAUCAGUACACACAUAGCCAGCUUGCAGGAAAAGUCAACCGAGCAAGGACUAGAGAAAACACAAAAUCAGGUGUUACUUGCACUGUUAUUUAAGCAGCAGGCCAUCCGGUUGUCUAGUAGCGAUUGGACGACUUGUGUCAACUGAGAAGCAACUCUGUUUUAACUGACAGCUGAAAUUACUGAAGUCAACCUUCUGCCCCACACUUUGACGCUUUCUACAAAAGACAGCCAAUGUAGAGCCUGCCUGCCGUUGAACUUGGUUUCGGUGUAUUCAAGUGCAAGCACACACAAAGCCAGCUUCCGCGGAAAGUCAAAGCGACAAGAGAAAACAAUAUCAGGUCAGAGUUAUUUACGCAGCUAGCCAUUCCAGUUGUCCGGUAGCUGACGUCCUGACUAGCUAUCAACUAACAAGGGGACAUUUUUGAACAGACAGCUGACAUUAGAAACAACCUUAAGAACACACCUCGAAUAUUGCAAAACGAAAAAUCACUGCCGAGUAUAAUAACAGUUCAGUGCAGUAACUUAACAGUAAAGAACACUGUUCUGUGUCGACAUGGAUUCACUGAUGAGCAAUCUCGUGCUUUUUCUUCUCACAUGCGGAGGUGUUUGGUCAUUAAGAGGUCAGUCGUUGUUUCAAAGUAAUUUUAAGUAGACCAUUAUAUAACUACAAGUAAAAAGAAAGCUUUCCUUGUAAAUUUUCUAGGCAGACAGUGUCACUUAAACGGUUACUCGUUAUUGGUUACACCUAUCAAACGCUUCUUUAAAAAAAAGUUUCCAAAUAACCAAUAUAAGCAGAAGGCGAUGUGUAGUUGCCGAAACAAAAAAGUAAUGUGAGAUUUGCCUUAUCAUAAACCUUUUUAUCUAUUUUAACUUUAAAAAAAAUCAUUCAUUUCAGAGCCACGCUCGACUUAUGCCGGCCGCCAGCUGUUGGUGGGUUACUGGGGACAAAACGGAGCUGGACCAGCAAAUGGUCCAGCCAACUACGAGAAACCGCUGUUAGAAGUCUGUAGGACUACAAAGUAUGACAUCCUGGCUGUAUCAUUUCUCAUAGUGUUCUUUGAUGCCAGAAACAAAGGUAUUCUUGGUUCACAGCCACGCGACAAGGUGGCCAAGUUGGUGAUCAAUACAAUGGAAUUUUUCUGAAAGAAUUUACGUAAUAAUAGAGUUUAGUUCUCAGAGGAGAGGAACGCUUUUGUUCUUGCAUUGACUACCAAAACGGCCGCCGUUUUAUGUGCUUUUGUUUGUUUUUUCACAAUAAUGAAUUAUUAUUAAUGAAUAAAUGCCAUAAGAAAAAUUGGCAAAUACCGAAAUACCGUGUCCAAAAUCGACGAAAUACGGAUACUGCAUUCAUGAUCGGUCACGCUCAUUUAAAGUUGUAUCCAUCUCGUGUAUUUGUUUAUCAUAAACAUGUGUGACCAGAAAUCAACCUCGGUCAUUGCUUCGAAUUGAUCGGUACAACCAUCGAAAAGCCCGAAAAUUAGACGCAGCAGCAAUUCGAUUGUAGAUUAACUGUCAUUUACCAUUAGAAAAUAGAUCUAAAGAUUUUAAAACUUCUGAAUCCGUAAACUUUUAUUUAUUGUACUGACCUGUUAAAGACAGGAGAGCGCGAAUCAACGGUACCGCAAUAUCGUGAAGGAUCUUCUUUUGCCCAGUACCGAUACCCAAAAAGAUGAAAACCCGCAUACCCCAGGGCUAGAUGAAACCGAAAUCAGUGGCGUAUACCGUAAACCCCAAUGUCCCCCUCCUUAAGAUAAAAGACUUUAAUUUGGUUGUUUUCUCAUUCUCAAGGAAUGCCUGCACUUAACUUUGCCUACCACUGCGAGACUCCAGUUUCGGUAGAGUAUCCAUUUCUUCUUCGAUGCCCUAAAAUAGAGGAAGGAAUAAAGGAAUGUCAGAGGCGAGGAAAGAAAGUUAUUAUGUCUAUUGGAGGAGCCACGGGAGACGGAACUCUACCCGAUCCUGAUGAGGCCAGAGAGUUUGCCAAAACGCUGUACAACCUUUUCCUUGGAGGGAGUCUAUAUAAAGAUAUUCGCCCAUUCGGAAGGUACUUUCCUUUAAACUAUUAAAUAAACUUGCGAGGAAAACAAAUUUUAGGAAUGGACGACAAACCGUUUAAGCCUCUUGAUUUUACAUGCCCACACUGAACAUUUUCACUAGGGUCGGCCAUUGACAGAGAAAAAAAAUUUUUGCUUUCAAAAGGAAAAUUUAUUUUACUCUUGUCGAUCGUUGUGUGGUUACUUUUACUUUCUUUUAUUUUCAUUCCCAGUGCUGUGAUGGAUGGUAUUGAUUUGGAUAUCGAAGGUGGAGAUUAUAAAUACUAUCCCGAGUUUAUAACUGAAUUGCGCAAGCUCAUGGAUGAUGAUCAAACAAAGAGCUAUUUGAUCACGGGCGCACCUCAGUGCCCAUUCCCAGACCACCACUUGGGACCGGUGAAACCUGGCACUGGUAAGCAGCGCUGCAUAUAGUGGGUGUUUUUCGGAAACCUUGAUGGAAAGAUUCAUUGACAAAAGUUCUAAUUGUUCCUCUCUGUCUAUCUGAAAUUCAGGAUGGCGGCAAAGAUAUCGCCUAAUCGGCGAGUCGUUAAGAAAAUUCUUCAUAAAAACACGGGGAAAAGUUCCAGAGGGAAAGAGGGACUAACUUUCCACUUAUUCCAGGAAAUUUUCCAGUGAAACGGCAGAAAAAAAAGCGUGUUUCAUUUACAUUCCAACCUUAAUUACGGGAAUUUCUUGGAAAGCGCCCCAUGAUAACUUUUUCAUAAAAAGCUUUUCGAUGUCAUUUACACAAAGGCUUGCUGUCAUUUUUUUCCAUCAAUUAGCUUUAAGACCUUUUUGUAUUCCUUCCACAUCAAAUGGACUUAUUAUUGUUGAUCACUAUCAAUCUAUUUAGUAUUCUAUGAAAUACGUACGCUUGAAGCAAUCUAUUCUUUAAGCUUUGAGGCAGGUUGUGUGUCAAACCAAAAUGGAGGCCGAGAGGACCGAGGUCACACGGUUUCGGUCCAUAUUAUGUGAUGACGCCAUCACAUUUAGGGCUUUUACAAAAGAAAACUAGCCUCCUAAAAACAAAAUGUAGCGAGCCCAUUACAGACCCCAAGAAACAAAUCGACAGAUUGGUGGAACACAACUCUGAACUCUAUCUGCCUAAGGCAGUUGUUACCAACGUUGCCCUUAAUCACUCCUCCCGGUCGUGGACAAGCUUGACGCUGAACUCGCCAUUGAAGAGCUUUGCAAGACCUUAGACGCUCUCUUAAACAGGAAAGCUCCUGGCAACCAAGCAACGAGGUUAUCAAGUCCGGCAAGUGUGCCCUCGUUGAGCCCCUUCACGAGCUGCUCUGUCUGCUGGAAGGACGGCGCUGUCCCACAAGACAUGCGUGCGCCACCAUAACCACGUUCUACAAGAACAAAGGUGACCGCUCGAACUCCAACAACUAUCGUGGCAGCUCUCUCAUGAGCUAGCAUUGUCGGCAAAGUCAUCGCCCGCGUGUUCCUCACUAGACUACAAGCACUGGGUCGGACCGCGUCUGUCCUGUGUCCCAGUUUGGCUUCAGGGCGGAGAUUACCACCACGGACAUGAUUUUUACUGUGCACCAGUUACAGGAGAAGUCACGAAAACAGGGCAAGCCGCUCUAUCCAGCCUUUAUUUAGCUGAUCAAGGCGUUUGACCUCGUGAGCAGAAAGGGAAUAUUCCAGUUUCCCAAGCUCCUAGGCAUCAUCGUCUCCUACCAAGAAAACAUGACGGGUACCAUGUCCUUUGAAGGAAUGGGCUGAGUCUUAGCCACGACACACUCUUUGGAAUCUUCUUCUCUCUCCUUCUGUCCUAUACCUUUCACGCCUCAGUGUGACCUCCAUAUCCGGACCGAAACUCUUCAACGUAAGCCGCCUCUGUACCAAGACCAACUUCAAAACUGUACUUUGGCGUGACAUGAUCUUCGAUGAUGAUGCUACCUUCACACCACAAUCCGCAGCAUUGCACAGACAUAUCAACGAUUCGCCAGCGCAUAUGAAAUCUUUGGCCUCACAAUCAGUGUCAAGGAAACCAAUGUGAGUGCCCAAGGUGUCAGCCAUCGUCUGAAAUCAAAAUCGGCGACCAUUCUCUCCAGGUCGUCGACGAAUUCACCUACCUCGGUUCCAGCGUCUCUGUGAACUGUAGCCUUCACUUAGAAAUCUCCCGUAGAAUUGGAAAAGCCACAGGCACCAUGUCCAAAUCGACCAAGAGAGCCUGUGAAUAGAAAUAUUAGAAUGAAAGCACCUAAAUGCACAUCUUCCAAGCAUGCGUACUCAGCACGUUAUUCUACGGCAGAGAAAGUUGGAUUACAAGGUACACCGCUUGAACUCUUUCCAUCUGCAAUGCCUCAGAUGCAUCCUCAGUGUCAAGUGUCAACGCAUCACCGACAGUGAGAUACUGGCACAUGCUGGAGUCCCCAGCAUGUACUCCCUAGUCAGUCAGCACAGCCUGAGAUGGAUCGGGUAUGUUAAUUCAUUGCAUGGAUGAUGGACGCAUUUCCACUAAUGACGUUCUAUACGGUCAAUUGAGGACAGGGGUCAGGAACGUCGGGGUGCCCCACUCUGCGGUUCAAGGAAGCAAGCAAACAUGACCUCAAAGCAUGAGAAAUUUAUCCAAACAAUUGGACAGAUGCUGCGUGAUCGUGCCUGCUGGAGAUGGAAAGUGAAAGAAGUAAUCGAAAGAACCGACGUGAAAGGUCACCAGAAAGCUGAGGAGCGCGAUUGCCGCAAAAACAGCUCCACCACGUUUUUCUCCAAGACCGAGACUCGCGGAAUGGUAUAUACAGCCACACCAGACGUUGCAGCACCACCAGAGAUUGACAAGGGCGCACAAGCUAUGUCUCUCGAGACUUCGCCUGCCAAUGAUGAUGAUGAUCAUGAUGAUGUCAUCUAGAAAAUCAGAUGUUGUCAAAGUUCAAGAACUAGUUCAUCUUUAAAAAUGAUUGCUUGACAUCAGAGAUUAAUUAUAUGACAUAGUGUGCUAAGAAUUUAACGGAAAUACGUGAAAGGGUUUAUUUCUUCCUUCUUCCCUAUUUAUUUGUUCUGUUUUGUAUUCAGAUUUCUUGGGGUAUUUAUCAAAAAAUGACGUUUCUCCUGCAUUUUCGCACUUGCCUAUUCUACUAUGAUAAAAAAUAAUCUUACUUUUCAAAGUACAAUUUCUUGGAGGCUUAAAUUCUAAACGCGUAAUCCUUAUUCGUUACUUACAGGUUUGGAGGAAGCAGGACAAUACGUGGAUCAUCUUUAUAUACAAUUCUACAACAACUACUGUCACACUGGCGCUGGACAAUGGUUCAUGGACACUUUGAACAAAUGGCUGGCUUUUGCAGAACGGAUGAAGCCGAGGGGACCACUUAUAUUUAUUGGUUUCCCUGCGGACACCAAAGGAGCAAGUGGAGCGCAAUUUUACAGGCCACCUGGAGAGCUGCGUAGCCUGUAUCAGGUACGAGGAGGGUUGUUUGAGUUCUUUCUAUUCCUGGCCCCGGUUGUUCAAAGAGUGGAUAACUUUAUCCAGUGGAAAGGCCUAUUCAGUGGAUAAAUCCGCUAUCCACUGGAUGAUAACAAGCAGUUGCACAAAACACGGAUAGCCUUGCGUACAACUAUCCGAGUGGAUAGCACUAUCCUUCAGUUUCGAACAACCAAGAUGGCGCGAGUGGAUAGUGGUUUAUCCGCUGGAUAGGAUUCAUCCGCUCUUUGAACAACGGGGACCUGAACUGCAAUUUUGGUCUAAAAAUUCUAGUGCCAGGAUAUAGAGUUGAGGAAACACGUGUUGUAAAUGAUUUGGAGGGUUCGUUCUUUAUAGGUUAAUGUUAUUGGUUAAUUUUAAAAAGUGCUUUAUUCAAUAAAAAUCAGAGCAAAACAGCCAAUAUAAAUCAAAAGUUGUUAAACAUUUCACUUAUCACUUCAUAUCCCCUAUGGGUAUAAGCCAUUUUUUACUAAAUUUACAGUCAAUCUGUCUCAAAGACAAACAAACACCUACUAAAAUGAAGCGAUGUUCUUCUUAAUUAAAUUAAGGAGGGGCUGGCAUCGCCCCCAGUUGUAAUUACAGUGCAAAGAAAAAAUUGUUUCAGGAGGUGUGACUGAUUAAAAUUAAAUAGAAGCCCAUGAGUAGAUCUAAUGAAUCCGCAACACGACACAACGGGCAUUAAAAAUAUUGAAAAGUGGCUGUAAGUUACUCUUUGUUUGGUAAGAAGUCUUCUCUUGAAAUGUAUUGUUUCUUAUGCUUCCUCGGUUAAAAUAACUUCGUAAUUCGUAAUUUUUGUCCUUUUUGCCCCAUGUGUUUCUAUGACCUCGAUAGAUUUCGUGUUGUGUUUUUACUCUUUUAAAAAUUUAUUAUUUAAGUUAAAAUUAAUGUUAUUAGCAUUCUUCUUAUAAGUUGUUUGAAGUAAUACGCAUUCCAUUUUUUCAAUCAUUCCGUAUUUCAUCAGAGGCUCAAGCAAAUCCAUCCCCAAUACCCCCGCCCCUUCCCCCACCGCGCUCAAGUUUUCAGUUGGAUGAAUUGUUCCCAUUAUUAAAGUCCUGAUUAAAUUUUCUGAAUUCAGUUGGAUAAUAUGCCUACAGAAUAUUUAUGAGUCUUUUAAGUGCCUUUACCUCAUUUAUUCCCUACCCUCUUUUUAGUCUGUGAAGAAUCUUCGAGGGAUCGGUGGAAUCAUGUUAUGGGACGUGUCGUGGGACCAAAACAACGUCAUUAAUGGUCAGCGGUAUUCAGAGUAUGCUUUCAAAGAACUCGGAGACGUGACAGUACCUCCAACUCAGGCCCCUCCUCCAUCGGUUACCACCCAGGCUCCUCCUCCGCCAGUCACCACUGAAGCUCCCCUUCCGCAAGUUACAACGCAAGCCCCUCGUCCACCAACAACAUCUGGUAAGCAGAACAUUGCUUCACGGGGACACAAGUGUUCACAAGCAAAGUUCUCCCAGUGUCAUUGCACUCUUAGCUCAGUUGGGCGGAGCUCAGCACCUUGUUACAGUUCUUUUUUUUUUCUUUUUUUUUUCAUCUUCUUAUUCCAAUUAACUAAUUUACUUCCAUAGCAUAACUGCAAUAAUUAUAAGAGAAUUGUACGAUGACAUCAUUUGACCACAAUGGGGUCUUUGUGUGUGGGUGUCACUUGGUACAAAAUCGCCAGGCUGGGAUACAAGGAACGUUUUAUGGGCUACAUGGCUACAGGAAGCUAAUAAAAUCCUGAACAGUUACUCUCGAUGCUAGGCCAAUUCCAGAAGGUUUUGAAUUCUCCAUUUUUAACAGGGCAGAAAACGUUUUCUGGCCAACCAGAAGCGAAGAUUUCAAAUACGUCUGGGACCCAAAGGACACUUUCCAUUUCUUACUGUUCACUUUGCCUACAAUGAUUUUGCUUGAACUUAUCGAUCUCCACGGAUGUGAAUCGGUGGACGUCAACUUAACUGCACCUGCAUGCUUACACUCACUCCUUUCAAAUCAGUACAGACAUAUAGUCCAAAUGAACUUAACUGGGAUAAAAACCCCAACUGCCAGAAGGCAAUCAGUUAGGUAUUUAGCAUGGUUGAGGAGUUGAACUAGGGAUUGCUGAGAACAAAUUCCCCCCUCCAGAAACUGUAAAGCAAAUGGGCACAAGCCUUCGGUGCAACGAUUUUGGAGAUCGCUUGUGUUAAUGAUUACUUUGAAUACCAUCGGCCAAUCAUAACUAACGUUUGUCCACCCAGACGAUCCCAAAAUGCCUGUGCCCAUUCCCCUUAUGCUUUCUGGAGUAGGAAAUUUCCUAAGUGGUCAGGGUGGGACUCGAAACCCAGUACCGCUUGAUUACGGAUUGCUAGUCCAACGCGCUGACCGGCACUCGGUCACGCUGCCGGAGCUAUCUCAUAUCAUCUUCUUUAAUUUCCUAGGUUCAUUCUCUUGUGCAUCCUCCGUAGACGGACUUUACCCUCAUCCCUCUGAUUGCUCCAAGUUCAUACAGUGUCAUGGAGGUCAGGAAUCCCAGAUCAGCUGUCCAUCAGGACUUCUGUUCAACCCAAAAAUCAAGGCUUGCGAUUGGCCAGCGAAUGUGCAAUGUGCAUGAUCUAUUUGCUUAAACAGUAAAUCGAAUAGCUAGCAUACAGAAACAAGUGGAUUUGCCAAACUGAAUAAAAAC